GGAGAGGCGCCUUCGGCCUAUGUCGGUGCCGUGGCCGUGAGGAGAAGCGCAGUCGCUGCCGCCGUCGCCUCCAGUGUCCCAACCCGCCCCCCACACACACACACACACACACACACACACACUUGCCCAGCUGUUGUAUAAUCCGUGCCGCCUGGUUGCCGGCCCGUGUCCCGCCGCUGAUGGAGAGCGGGGAUGACGCCGAGGCUGAGGCGGAGUCUGGGCCCGGGCGCCAGUACUCGGAGCGCGGCCUCGGACAAGCCCGCAACCUCACCGAGUUCUCGGACGAGAUCCUGCUCAACAUCCUGGGCUUCGUGCCCAGCUGCGACCUGCUGCUCAACGUCAGGAGAGUGAGCAGAAAGUUGGCGGCCCUGUGCGUGGACAAGAGCCUGGUCAACUCCAUCUCCCUGCACAAAGAGUACCAGGAAAGUGAUGCAAAGGUGACCUUGCUACUCAAAGAAUUAGCGGGCGGCAUUCAGCUGCUGAAGCUGAGCGGCUGCUAUUGGUUGUCCGGCUCAACCAUUGACCUGGUCACUCGGUGUAAGAACAUCGUGAAACUUGACCUGACGGGGUGCCAGAUGACGUCACUGCGACUCUCGAAGAUGCUGUCCGUGCUCCGGAGCCUCCGCUCGCUCGCCUUGGACAUCAAGCAAGGGUUCGACGUGGGCCAGCUGAGCAGCGCAUGCAAGACCACCCUCCGCAAAGUCACCGAACUGAAGCAGACCCUGUUCACCCCCUCCUACGGCAUCGUCCCCUGCUGUACCAAGUUGGAGAGGCUGUUGCUUUACUUUGAAAUCCCCGACCGGACUCGAGAUGGCGAGAUGCUCUCGGGGCAGCUGAUGGUCGGACAGAGCAACAUUCCCCACUAUCAAAACCUCAAGGUGUUCUAUGCAAGGUUAUCACCAGGCUACGUCAACCAGGAGGUGGGGAGGUUUUACCUGUCAGUCCUGAGUAUCCGGACUCCUGAGAACCUGCGUGCCUUUAUCCUCUCCGUCCCGGGCAUUUUUGUCGACACCGGGUGCUCCACAUGGAACUUCCUUGACUGUAUGACCAAAAACUUCAGCCUGGAGGCAUUGCAGCUCCCUCGUUCCUGGUUGAAUGGGUCAUCGCUUCUGCACUCCUCGCUGCUGCACACCAUUACUCUGAGUAACCCGGUCUAUUUAAACUUCAGCCACUGCAUACUCUCCGGAUGCCAGCUGAGCCAUCAGAUCAUUAACGGCGGCAGAAACGUUCAGUCGCUGGUUAGUCUGAAUCUCAGUGGCUGCGUCCACUGCUUACUGUCAGACUGCUCUGUCUUUCGCAAGGCCAAAGAUAACAUUGAUUUCGACGUGGUGGAGGCGCUGGUAAACUGCUGCCCCAACCUGAAGCACUUGAACCUCUCAGCGGCUCACCACCACAGCCCCGAGGGGACAGGGCAACACUUGUGCCUGCUGUUAGCCAGGUUGAAAAAGUUACGCUCCCUCUCGCUGCCUGUGUGCUGUGUCGUGCAAAGUGGCAAAAACGUCGGCAAGCAACCAAGCCAAUCCUUGCGGCGGGGUCUGAGGAAGAAGGUCCGGAUUGGAGUUGCUGCCUAUCCGAAUGAUGGUCAGGAGCAGCCACCCUUGGAAGCACCUCCGCCUGUGUUUGGUACUCUGCUGGAAAACGUUCCCUUUUUAGAAGAACUUGAACUGAUUGGGUCCAGUUUCUCCUCGAACGUGCCUCGGAACGAGCCCGCCAUCAGGAAUAUGCAGCCACCCUGCGAGCGGGCGCAGCGCAUCCGCGAUGAAGAACUGAUGCUCAUCGGACAGUUGCAGUACCUGCGCCUUCUGACUCUGGCUCAGCUCCCUGGCAUUCUGACUGGGUCGGGCCUGACUGCCAUCGGCUUGAAUUGUCAGCAGCUCCAAACCCUGUCACUGGCAAACCUGGGUCUGCUGGGGAAUGUUGCCUACAUGCCUGCCCUGUGUGAAAUGCUGAAACACUGCAAACAAUUGAAGGACUUGAGAUUGGAACAGCCGUACCUGGCGGCAUGUGCGCAGUUCUUCCAAGCGUUGGGUCACUGCUCAUCUCUGAGACGGUUGUGCAUAGUGUCUCGUCACGGAACUUUCCAGCACAGCGCAGUCCUCUCGUUCAUGACCAAGUGCUCAGACGUUAUCAUGUGCCACAUGUUCACGGGAGAAACCCUCGUGGCUUGCAAAAAACUCCAACAGGCGCUGAUUCGAGGCUUUCAGACUGCCAGGCCGGCUUUGAACGUGGCCAUAUUCCCACUGCUCCACGAAGGACUUGCCGAUGUCAUCCGAGAUGUCCCAAUGAUGCACCUGGAUGAGAUCACCCUGUUUAAAAGCCGCGUGGCCGAGGACCCUCCGCGUCUCUGGUGGUGACUUGAAGGAAGAGGCAUUGAAUGCAUAGGUGUUGUGUAAACCCACCCCCCCCCCCCCUUGUGUGAUUAUCUUCCUGAAUCUACCCUACUUGUAGAUGAUGCUGUCAUUUAAAAUUUUUUUUUUUUUUUGGACACACACUAUUUUACUGUCUUGUAAAAACCGUGGAGGUGUCGAAGGUUUGGAAAGCUGCCUGAGUGCUUUCCAUCUUUUCUCAUUGCCAUGUUUUUCCUUCACAAAAUUUGGGUCAGUACCAGUAGUGAUGGAUUUUGUGCAGUGGUUUAUUUUUCAAUGUUGUGCCUGUUGUAGUCUUUACGAUCUUCAGAUUAGGAACUCCAACCCAAGGACAAGUAAUGAAUCAUUAACUGUCGGCCCCAAUGUGCCCACGCUCUCUCAGAAUAGCAUUCCAUUCUAUUUUAAGAGUAACUAAUGUUUCAGUGGGUUGCCUCCUCUGGUUCUACUUUCCUUGCUUGAUCUUUGUAACAAUCUAGAUGAGACCAAGUUUCCCCCCUGUAUCCCCAUUAACUGCUGCUUUUCUAAACUGUGCAUGCACCUCAGUUAUUGUCCAAGCUUGGAUAGUAUACGAGGAUCAGUAUAGUUCUUUGCACACUCUUCAAUAUUUUUGUGUGUUCUUUGUGAUUUUAAUAACCAAAUUAAAUACAUUUCCAGUGU